GUGUGGCAAGUGCGGUAGACUUGGUCAUAAUUCACGCACUUGUCGUUGGCAGAUUAGCGAGGAUGGCACAGUUCCACCUCCUCGACCCGUUCUACGACGAGAGCCACCGGGGGCGCCUUCUGUCGGAAGGCCAGGACCUAGCAACGCUUCGUUCUAGGACAUACAAUGGGUUCCUAGACAUGGUGUUCGACGACAGGUACACUAAUUACCUCAGACGAGCAGGUCUAGAUGUAAUAUCUUACCAGUUACGACGCGGGUUGCCUACUAUUGAUUCGGCGGCCAUUACUGCACUUGUGGACAGGUGGCGGCCUGAGACACAUAGUUUUCAUCUUCCUUUUGGUGAGAUGACAGUCACAUUAGAGGAUACACAGAAGAUACUUGGACUCGAUGUUGGUGGCAGAGCAGUGACAGGCCAAUGUGACUCUGACGGUUGGAGGGCUAGAGUUGAGGCCUUUCUUGGUAGAGAGCUUCCUGCUGAGGGCGUUGAUAGGACUGCUGGAGUAGGCAUCACAUGGCUCCGUCAGUCUUUUGGUGUGUGCCCUGCUGAUGCUGAUGAGGCUACAGUCCAGUUCUAUUGUCGAGCUUGGAUCCUGCACAUGUUUGGUUGUGUCCUCUUCCCAGACGCCACAGGAGACUGCGCGUCCUGGAUGUACAUCCCAUGUCUAACCGACUGGGAUACAGUUGGACACUACAGUUGGGGCUCGGCUGUGCUUUCUUUUUUGUACCGGCAGCUUUGUGAGGCUUGCCGUCGUACGUCCUCCUCUUCGUCUAUAGGCGGUUGCGUCUACCUCCUGCAGAUAUGGAUGUGGUUUCGCAUACCAGUUGGUCGACCACGUGUUUUCCAGCCUAGACCCUGGCCAUGGAUGAUUUAUGGAAAUGAACGUCUUCGACCGACGUAUGCUUAUAUUUGGGACCAAGUGGCAGCUCCUUUUGCGAGAGCUAAGAGGGCAUACAUGGAGUAUGUUAACGAGUUUGACACCCUUUCUGCCUCUAGCGUCACAUGGCAGCCAUACAACGCACCUGAGUAUGCUGGGAUGAUCUUUAGUGAAGUAUGCAGCAGUGAAGAUGAACUCUAUAUGAUGCAAUGUCCUUUGGUCUGUUUCUGGUGUGUUGAGUGGCACCUACCUCACAGGGUUCAGAGACAGUUUGGUAGGAACCAGCUAUGGCCGGUUGAAGAUGUUCCUACUUCAAAGGAGCUACACAAAUUUGACCGGCGGAAGCAAAAGAAGAUAACGGACUUUCGUCAACAUCAUCUGAUAUUUAUAAAUGAUUGGGAAUCGGGUGCUGAGAAUGUAUAUUCCAACGAUGAGUUGCACAACAACAGUGAUUACAGGUGGUACCAAGCUUCGUACCAGGGUGCGACUCGUUGUAAGCUUCGCCAGCAGUGGACAGCGGAAGACUACGCCGACAUUGAUUCUUCUGACGAUGAAGAAACGGAGUAUGACCUGUCCACUAGACUGGGAACCCAAGUGGAGGCGGCACCCAUAUUAGAUCGAGUGGGUAACACAUUGCGACGGUCGGUAGAGGACAUUGAUCGCCAACUUUUGACUGUGGGCGACAGCAGCAUGCGCAGCUUCUUGCAGCGUUUAUCUAGGCGCCUACGUGGAGCUGCUGCUCGCUGUGGCUGCAGGACUACUGUUGCACAUGACGUCCAUGUACCAUCGUGUACCAACACAGCAACGCCCUCCACAGGUCUUGGUGCUGGCUUCGACUACGAUCACGACGAGAUAGGACCUUCACAGCUUCAGGGGGCUCCUUCGACACAGCCGUUACAACCACAAGAUCGUAGGCGACACCGCUCUCCACAACGUUACACUCCAGGCACCGACGCUUUAGGCAAGGGUAAGACUAGGAGACGUUGA